CAAAGCGACAUUUCUGUUUGCCUUUAAAAAAAGUGACUCGGCCGAGUGGAAAGUUUGAGUUGAAAAAGCAUAAGCAGGAAGUGACGUGUGCAAUUCUUAGCGUGCGCCGCAGGUGAGGUCAAAUACGUUCUGAUCAUGUCAGUGAGUAUUUGAGUGUGAAAUAAGGAUCUAGAAGACAUUUUUUGUUUCGUUCUCCACAAGAGGAACCACAAGCAUGGCCGAGCCGGCGGAGCUACUGCUGAUCAAGGACCAGUACGAGCUGGCCUUCCGCUGCCUGAGCCGCGGCCUGACGCUGGAGGAGGGCGGCAAUCGCUCCGAGGCGGCCGACUACUACCGCAAGGGACACCAGCACCUCAUGCAGGGUGUGGGCGUGCCCACCGGGGGGCCGCGUCACCAGGGGCCCAUGUGGGAGCGAGCCCGAGAGCUGCAGCGGAGAAUGGAGGGCGCCCAAUUCACUGUCAGCAGCCACCUCUCCUCCCUGGACGCCUCGCAAACGCCCCCUCCCGCCCAGAGGAGGCGGCUGCUCAUGGACCUGACCCCCAGCCUUCACCCCGUGCAGCAUCUGUACCCCUCCAUCCCUCCUGUGCUCCCGUUGAGGAACUCGCCGCCCGUCAUGUCCCAGACUCCGGCUCAGCCCCCGGUGUACUCGCCCCAACCCGCCGACGGCCACCGCAGCCUGGCCGGCGGGCCGGCGCCGGAAAGCCAGAGCGAGCUGCUUCUAAUCUCCUCUGGCGUGCAGAUGUUCUUCGUGGCCCCCGGCGGGCAAGUGAGCGCCCUGUCACAUCCCGGAUAUCUUCGUAUCGUCAGCUUUGCUACCCAGCCGCCUGACGGGAGGGGGCCCGUCUUCUUAGAUGUGUGCGGUUGGCUGCACUCCCUCACCCCAAACACGCCGGUGCUGCUGGCCCCAUCCGGCAUCUUCAUGCUGCCCGAUACGUUGGCACCGAUGCCGGGCGCCUUUAUCGGCGUGGUGCUGUCGUCGCAGCUGCCCGACGCCGAUCGAGAGAUGUUCCAAGACCUCAUGACGCAGCUGACCGACUUCAGGGUGCAGAGUCUAGACAGUGUGGGGCCCGGCGUCAUCAGGCUGAAUGAGAUGGUCCCCCUGGGACCUCAGGUGGUGUUGCCCGAGAACGAGGCCAAAGCGCCGCUUCCGACUUGGAGCGAAAAGGUGGGCCAGGGAAUCAUUUCAGGGGCAACGCGGUUGAGCCACGAGGUGGUUCGAGGAGCCGAAGCAACCACCAGAGCCAUUCAGAAGAGUGCUCUAAAGAUCCGCGACCACCUUACGCCCGAGGAGACGCCCUCCCAAGUCAGCCCGCAGGUCUCCAAAAGCCUGCAGGUAGCAAAACAGGCCACAGGGGGCGCCUUGCGCGUCAGCCAGUACCUGGUGGAUGGCGUGAGCACAUUGGCCGAACAUCUGGCGGAGAAGGUGGCCCCCCAAGUGAAAAAGCACGGCGCCAAGCUGAUCCCCGAGUCCAUGAAGAGCAAAGACGGGGAGCCGUCCAAUCUCGAGGGGGCCAGAUUUGUCGCCGUCAAAAGCUUGCAAGGCUUCACCACCGUGUGGACCAGCCUGGAAACGGGAGCCAAGCUCAUCGGCAAGAGCGUGUCAUCCGAAACCGUGAGCACGGUGACGUACAAGUACGGCAACGAUGCGGGCCAGGCCACCGACACGGCGCUGCGCUCGGUGACCAACGUGGGCGUGACGGCGUACAACGUGGACAACUUGGGCCUGAAGGCCAUCCUGAAGACCACGGGCAAGGAGAUGGCCAAAGGCAUGGUGAAGAGCUCCAAGGGACAAGAGGUGGCGACCAAGCAGGACGGGACACCUGGGACGUCGCAGGGUGCGCAGGCUGCCUCCGAUGAUGACAAGGACAAGAAAGUGCAGAAAGAAGAGGUGGACGAGGGCACAAAAAAGACUUGAUUUAGCCCAGAGGUGAUGGUUCCUUUUGUCACAUAAUUUUUCGCACUCCUUAUUUAUUGCGCUGGGCAUGUUUUGCAUAAUUCUGCAUUCUUUGGGGAAUUGAAGGAGUUUUUAUUAUACAAUUAACAAUGAGUAUUGUUUUUCUGUUGUUGUUGUGCUCAUUUUUAUCACAUUGUUUACGUGGUAAAUUCAGUGUUGUAGAAUUGUUCUCCUAAAUACAAUACAAUACAAUACAAUACAUGCUGAUUUAUAUAGCGCUUUCACAACAGCGGGAGCUGUAACAAUAGUUGUCUUAAAUUGUGUAUAUUUCUGUUGGUCGUAUCUGCUAUAGUGAUAAUGGAUUAAAGCAUUCCUGUCGUUGAAAUCAA